AUGCGAGAACGAGGUGUGGCGAGGGCAAUUGGCAGGCAACCAGGCGGCCCGUCACUCGCCGUGUGGUCCCCCGCGCGCUCGCUCAAGACCCGCCGAGCCGAGCAGGCCCAGCAGGUGGCUUGGCAGCGGGUUCAUGACGACGAGGGCGCUGUCGCCGUGACAGCACGCGCGGACAUCGACGCGGCGGAUGGCGCGACUCGCCGCGCUGCCGCCCGCAACCCGUGCAGUGCGGAUGGUCGGGAGCUGCGGAAACAGGCGUGCGGGGAGCGGCGCUGGGGGGAACGGCAAAGGGGCGGAAUAACGGUGGGAAAGGGAGGGCGUAGGACGAUGGGGCAGGCGGGGACGACGAGGGGCUAUGGAUGUGCGGAAGGGGAAUUUAUCCCGCGAGACGAUUCGUGGGGAGCGAUGGGGAGUGUGUGGUGCUGGCAGGUUGGAAUGGGUGCUGCAUUCUCUGCGUUACGCCCUUCUUCCCCCUUUCCCCUCUCUGUCUUACACCCUUCUUCCUCUAUUCCCCACUCUGCCUUACCCCCUUCUUCCGCCUUUCCACCCUCUCUGCCUUAUGCCCUUCUUCUCCCUUUUCCCCUCUUCCUUCCACCCUUCUUCCCCCUUUCCUCUCUCUUCCCUACACCAUUCUUCCCCCUCUCCCCUCUCUACCCCCCACACCUUCUUCCCCCACCAUGUGCUCUCUCACUUACGUCCUGCUAA